AUGGCCAGCCAGCCCCCCGCGAUCCCCGACACGUUCAUGAGCGGCGUCGACCAGCACGGCACCGUGUGUGUCGGCAUUCGCAUCACGUCUUCACUGCCCUGCCCCUGUGUCGACGCUCGCCGUCACCUCCGUGCUCCUCGUCCAUCAUUCUCUCUUAAACCGUCGAGUUCGCCGCUGAUCUCCUCGCCUCGCCGCUCUUCGUUCGUCCCCCUCGUCCCAUCGAUCGAUCCCGAUCACGUCGCGCCGGCCUGCACGCUGCUGCCGCAGGGUCUUCUGGGUCUGUCUCUGCCGCAAGGACGACGCAGAACACUGUUCGUUCUGGAGUGCGUGCUCGCCUCGCCCCGGCUCUCGUGCAGGACUGACAACGCCGCCCGUCGAUGCGGUCCAGAGUGGGACGACGACCUCCCACCGCACCACGGCGCCGCUCCCCCGCCCUCCCCCGCCUCGUCGCAACCCCGAUCGCAACCCCAGACCCAGCUCCUAUCCCAGCCGCCCUCGACGCCCUCCUCCCAGCCGCGCUAUCAACCCGCGACACCCACAGCAGCGCCCCCGACCGCACACCGCACCCCCAACUUCAACUCACUCAAACGCGCAGGCUCCCCCUCUCCCGCCUCGCCCUCCAAACGCACGCUCCCCUCCACCGCCCCACCGCCCUCGAUGUCUUCCCACGCGCCCCCGAGAGCCCCACCGCAGCCCCACGCCACCCCGCACACCCCCAGCCGCGCAGAGGCCCGCGCCCGCGCGCUAGCCCGCACGCCCGAACAGCGCCUCCUAGCCAAGGAGCGCCUCCUCGCCGCCAUCGAAGAGGGGCUCACGCAAGCCAACGACGCCGUCGCCUCUCCCGCCCGCACGCCCCCGCCCGCAGCGGCCCCCACCUACGCCCACGCCCCCGCCCCCGCCUCUACGUCUGCCCCUGCCCCUAGAUCUGCCGCCCCCCACCCUUCCCACGUCCAGCCCACCCACAGCACCCCCUCCCACCCAACCACCACCGGCCCACCCCCGCCCACCCCCAUCCACCCACGCGCCGCGCGCACGCGCACCCCACACGAUCCCAGAGCGACCUCCCUCGCGGCCCGCGCCGCGCGCCGCGCGUCCAUCGCCGACGCGCUGCACGCGCUCCCUAGGGCCCCCUCCCCUCCUGCUGCCGGCCCCGGCCCCGCCUCGGCGUCCGCCGCGGGCGCGCGCGGAGCCCCGCUCUCGAUGCGCGAGUACGAUGCGCGGCGGCGCGAGGAGGCGUAUCUCCCUCGGCCGGAUGAGAGCAUCCCGGAGGACGACGCAGCAAGCGAGGGCGACGAAGACGAAGACGAAGAUGACGACGACGACGUAGACGAAGACGAAGACGGCGACGACGACGAACCGUACGCCGACGCGCAGGGCGACGUGCGGGCGGGCGACACCGACACCGAGCUUGAGACCGAGUCCGAGACCGAGUCCGAGACUGAGCCUGAGUCCCCGACGCGCGCCGUGCAGAGCUUCGAGAACGCGGUGCAAACGGACGAGACGACCGAGUACACAGCGAGCGUCUCGGACGACCUCCACCCCGCCGACGCCGACGCUAACAUCGACGCCGAGGCGAAGGAGGCGCAAGUGCGCGCCGCGCUCGCCGCGUCGCAGGCCGUGCGCGCGGGCGGCGCGCCGCUGAGCCGGGACACGAGCCUGCGGUCGGAGAUCGAUUUCGAUCUGGGCGGGCGGGAGGAGCGCGAGCGCGCGCGUGCGGUGCGGCGGGAGCGCGAGCGGCGCGAGAGGGAGCGGGUGGAGAGGGAGCGGGAGGAGGAGGAGCGGUUCUUUUCUGGGGAGGGCGCGCGCGCUGCUGGGGCCAGACCGGGGUCGGCGGGGUCGGCGAUGGAGGCUGAUGAGCUUGUUUUUGAUUUGGGGACGGAUGAGGGGGAAGAUGGGGAUGUGGGCAUGGACGGGCGGGGGGUGCAUGCUAAGUCAGCGAACGGGAAGCGGGAAGGUAAAGGUAAAGGUAAAGACAAGGGGAAGGCGCGCGCGAGGGACGACGACGCCGGGCCCAGCCAGCCUCAGGUAUCCGGAUUCAUCGCUGACGCGGCCGCAGCAGCCCAACUCACGCCCGCCGACCUCGCGCGCAUGGUUGACAGCCUGCACGCGCUCCCGGACUACGUGCGCGAGCUCGAGAUACGCGGGGAGGAGCAGGCCGCGCGGAUCGUGCAGCUCGAGGCGGUCGUCAAAAGGCUGGAGAAAGAAAAGUCCCUCAUCGAGAAGGCGCUGCCGCGCAACUACAAGCUUUUUGGCGGGUAG